AUGUCGCCGCACGACGUGCUGUUCGCCCGCUACCCCGGCGAGGUCGCGUGCAACAAGAACUGGGUCUCGGCGCGGGGCAAGUCCUUCCAGAUCAUCUCCGAGACCGUCACGGUGCACAUCGUCGGCGGCGCGAACGAGCACGGGCACGUGCACGCAGGCUGCGUGCUCAUGGGGCUGUUCGGCCUCGAGUGGACGCCGAGAGUGUACUACCGGUGCGUCCUGCUGCACCGCAUGGUCGACGGGAUCCGCAUCGCGGGGCUGAACGCCGUCGGCGAGGCCAGGGAGGUCAUCGCGGGCAUCUCGCAGACCUACGGCGGAGAGAACGACGCGUUUUUCGACGAGGGGUUCCGCGCGCGGGCCGUGGGCGUCGCGCGCAACGGCGGCGCGCUCGAGUGGAACCAGAAGAUCGCGUACCUGCUCAUGAAGGCCCUGCGAGACGACCUCGACAAACCCUUCCACGUGUCGCCGCGCAAGAUGCCCCUGGACGAGACGAACUGCCUGGUUUUUCCGGUGCAAGUGGCGCUCCGCACGCGCGCGCUGCACUACAAGAACCUCGUGAACACCGCGUGCAGCUUCGCUGACGACGCGCAGCUUGGCGAGAACCUGACCAAGGCGGCCGUGGCGUACUGCGUCGCCGUCCACGAGAAGGCGGCGCCGUACGCGCCGAUCCCCGAGCAGGCGACGGAGAUGCUGAGCCCGGCUGCGGGCGCGCGCGGGCGCAAGCGGGGCCGCGGCGGGGACGGCGGGGAGGACGAGUGCGAGUCAAAGCCGACGGUGGUGCGGCGGAGGAUCGCGGUUGGGAGCGCGUAG